GGUCGUCUCCCCGUCCGUGCCCCCCAAUUGAAGGGGGGGUGGCGCCGUUCUCCAUUGGAGACUCUCCAAGCCCCCCAAAAACUCCGCCUUGCCCGUCCCAACCCCCAAUGGCUUAGCCGUUUCCCAUGACAGAGUACAACCACUUUGUUGGUGUUUCUUUUGUUUCCUUGUUUUAUGUUCUCGUGUUGAGAUGAUAACCAGAUCCUGUUUCGCUCGUGUGAGCCACGUGCCACGACGUGCACUAACCGUCAACAAGAGGUCAUGGCGUUUGUACUCGUCCGCGGCUGCGAAGCCGAACUCGGCCGGCGCAUUGCCGUUGGAGGGAUACCGCGUUUUGGACAUGACGCGGGUCUUGGCGGGUCCUUAUUGCACACAAAUUCUUGGUGAUUUGGGCGCCGAGGUGAUCAAAAUAGAACACCCCGUUCGCGGAGAUGACACCCGCGCCUGGGGCCCUCCCUAUGCCGCCUACAAGCCGGAUUCGCCUCUCGCCGGGACAUCCCCCGGCGAGUCGGCAUACUACCUAACGGUGAACCGGAACAAAAAGUCCAUCGGGCUAAGCUUCCAGGACCCAGCUGGCGUGGAGAUCCUGCACAAGCUCAUGGCAAAGUGCGACAUCCUGGUCGAGAACUACCUCCCCGGCGCGCUCAAAAAGUACAAACUGGACUACGCCACGGCCGCCAAGAUCAAUCCUUCUCUCAUCUAUGCCAGCAUCACGGGGUACGGACAGACUGGUCCCUACUCCGACAGGGCCGGCUAUGACGUUAUGGUCGAGGCCGAGUUCGGCUUGAUGCACAUCACGGGCACGAGGGACGGGCCGCCCGUCAAGGUCGGCGUCGCCGUCACGGACCUGACGACGGGCUUGUACACCAGCAACAGCAUCAUGGCGGCGCUGCUCGCCAGGCAAAAGUCGGGCAGGGGUCAGCACCUCGACGUCGCGCUGAGCGACUGCCAGACCGCUACGCUCGCCAACAUUGCGAGCAGCUGUUUGAUAAGUGGAAAGAAGGACACGGGCCGGUGGGGGACGGCGCAUCCCUCGAUCGUUCCCUACCGAGCCUUCCAGACCCGCGACAGCGCCGUCCUCCUCGGCGGCGGCAACGACCGCCUGUUUGCCGUCCUCUGCGACCGCAUCGGCCGGCCGGACCUCAAGACGAACGAGCGGUACACGACCAACGCGCUGCGCGUACAGCACCGCGACGAGCUCGAGGAGCAGAUCGAGGCCGUGACGCGCUCCCGGACGACGCAGGAGUGGCUCGACGUCCUGGCCGGCUGCGGCAUGCCUUAUGCGGCCGUCAACGACGUUCAGGGCGCGCUGAACCACGAGCACACAAUCGCUAGGGACAUGGUGGUCGAGGUCGAGCACCCGAGCUGCGGCACGGUCAAGAUGGUCAACACGCCCGUCAAGUACAGCGAGAGCACGCCGGGGAUCAGGACGGCGCCGCCGACUUUGGGCCAGCAUACUAAUGAGGUUUUGGGAGAAUUGUUGGGGAUGGAUGGGGAGCAGAUUGAGGGUUUGAGGGAGAAAGGUGUGGUGAGGUAAGCUAGGUUACGAAGUAGAUAGGAAUUGGAUACAUGAAGUUUGUUUGGUACAAUUGCAUAUCAGUCAGCCAGGUUCAUGCAGGUGG